CCUACUCUUCCUCCUCUCAACCACCACCACCGCAGCUGCCGCCCACCACCGCGACAAUGCGAGGCGGAAACAAGUCACCAACACCCUCCCUCACCUUAUUACUCAUCAUCUUCUACACAUUUUCCACCAAUGCCCGGUUCAUCCCUCCGGACAACUACCUCAUCGACUGCGGAUCGCCCCAAAACACCAUCCUAGAUGACGGACGGACCUUCAAAUCCGACCCGCAAUCCGUUUCCUUCUUGUCCACGGACGAAAACAUAUUCGCCACCUCAAAUACCCUCCCGGAGAACACAUCUCUUCCAUUAUACAAAACCGCGAGGAUCUUCAACAGCGAAUCGGUUUAUAAGUUCCUCGUGUAUCAACCCGGCCGCCAUUUUUUACGCCUUUACUUCUACCCUCUCCAUCACCCGGAUUAUAACCUCACAACCGCGGUUUUUAGCGUAAAAACGGAGGGUCUAACUCUUCUUCAUGACUUCUCAGCCUCACAAAACUCUCAUUUUAAAGAGUAUAUUGUAAACGUAACCAAUGACAACUUUUUGUUAACAUUUUCGCCUUUGAAGAAAUCAUUUGCUUUUGUGAAUGGUAUUGAGUUUGUUUCGGCUCCUAACGAGCUAGUUCCUGAAUCCGCCACUGCCCUGUCUCCUCCAGGAGUUUUUAGUGGAGUGUUGGGUUGUGACCUUCAAGUUGUGCAUAGAGUUAACGUUGGCGGGCCGAAUAUAACCCCGAAAAACGACACGUUGUCGAGAACUUGGGUGAGUGAUAGUCAUGGAUACAUGAUGUUUCCAAAAGGGAACAAAGUUGUUGUUGUUGAUCCUAGUGGUGUUAAGUAUCCGGUAGGCGGAGCCACCCCUUUGAUUGCUCCGAAUUCGGUUUAUUCAUCGGCGGCUUCGAUGGCGGAUUCGGGUGUCUCGGUUCCGAAUUUUAAUCUCACAUGGGAGAUGAAUGUUGAUCCGGGGUUUAACUACUUGAUUAGGUUGCAUUUUUGUGAUGUUGUGAGUGCAAGUUUGAACUCUCUUUAUUUUAAUGUGUAUGUUAAUGGGUUGACCGGGGUGUCCGGGCUUGACUUAUCGAGCCUCACUUCGGGCCUAGCCAUGGCUUACUACAAAGAUUUUGUUGUAAACGCGUCAAGCGUCUCGAAUGGCGUGAUACGAGUCCAGGUUGGACCGUCGGAUCUUGAAUCUACAACCCCCAAUGCCAUAUUGAAUGGGUUGGAGAUCAUGAAGAUGAGCAACUCCGCGGGGAGUUUAGAUGGGUUAUUCUCAUCUGGCAGCAACAGUCCUGGUGGGUCCAAGAGAGUCACCAGGACUGUUGCUGAGGCGGCUGGAAUUGCCAUUGGAGUUGUUAUGCUUAUAGUGCUUAUCUUUAGCCUUGUUCGGAGGAAGAACAAGGCUAGGGGAUGGGACGAAGGUGGAAAUAGUUUUACAUCGUGGUUUCUUCCCCUUAACGCGAGUUAUUGUAGUAGUUUGUUGUCGAGUAAAAGCAAGAGCAAAAACGGGUAUUCGAGCGUUUUGUUUUCAAAGGUCGGCCUAAGCCGAUCUUUUAGUUUCAACGAGCUUCGGGAUGCAACAAAGAACUUCGAUGAAAGUGCGGUAAUAGGUGUUGGUGGGUUCGGGAAAGUGUAUAUAGGCGAGAUAGAAGAAGGAACGAAACUCGCUAUAAAACGAGGAAACCCGAGGUCUUCUCAAGGCAUCAAUGAAUUCCAAACCGAAAUCGAGCUACUAUCCAAGCUUAGACACCGGCAUCUUGUGUCCUUGAUCGGUUAUUGUGAUGAAAACAAUGAAAUGAUUCUCGUUUACGAGUACAUGGAAAACGGCCCGCUUCGUGACCACCUUUACGGAUCCAAACCCGCCCUCCCUUCAUUGACAUGGAAACAACGCCUCGAGAUCAGCAUCGGUGCAGCCCGUGGGCUGCACUACCUACAUACCGGUGGAUCAUCACAUGGCAUAAUCCACCGGGAUGUAAAAACCACUAACAUCCUCCUGGACGACAAUUUUGUCGCCAAAGUAUCCGAUUUCGGGUUAUCAAAAACCGGGCCCACAUUGGACCAAACACAUGUCAGCACCGCGGUAAAGGGUAGUUUCGGGUAUCUUGAUCCGGAAUACUUUCGUAGGCAACAACUAACCGAUAAAUCCGAUGUAUAUUCAUUCGGCGUUGUUCUUUUCGAGAUCUUAUGUGCUCGACCAGCUCUCGAUCCUACAUUACCGCGAGAACAAGUGAAUUUAGCAGAAUGGGCAAUGCAUAAACAAAGAAAGGGUGUGAUUGAGUCCAUUGUGGAUCCUAAAAUAGUGAAAAGUAUAAGCUCAGAAUCACUGAUCAAAUAUGUUGAAGCAGCAGAAAAGUGUUUAGCUGAGUAUGGUGUUGAUAGACCUUCAAUGGGAGAUGUGUUAUGGAACUUGGAGUUUGCUUUGCAACUUCAAGAUGCAUCUAUGCAGCUUGAUCCUCCUGAAGAAGAUGAUGAUACUUGCAAAGGGAAGAAGAUGAAGAUGGUUGCUUCUGAAUCAAUGAAGAAAGAUGAGAUGAAGAAGAAUAGUGACAGUGAUGUUAGUAUUCUUAUAAAUGAUGAUUCAGGUGUGGUAAUGGGGUCUCCUUUGUUCUCCAAGAUGGAAGAUAUUGAAGGAAGAUGAAUGAAGAUUCAAGCUUUUGUUAUUUAAUAUUGUCUGAUUAUAUCAACUUUUUUUUUCUUUCUUAUAUUGUUGAUGAAUUGUAAUUUCUAAUGCAA